GACAUGCUUCACGAAUCGCGGCUCUGCAUCUUUGAUCCUAACUACCACGAACUUUACCUUACCGGAAUUGAUUUUUUGUGAUCUUUUCGAUUCUUCAAGAUGUCUGCUCCCAGUCUUUCUGCUCUGAGCGCCUACCGGCAGAUCCUGCGUGCUACCCGAGUGGCUUUUAGAGAUGACGCUCGCGUGAUGGUCGCUGCUCGCCAGGAGGCCCGUCGCAACUUCGAUCAGAACCGCCGUGUUGGAAUCGACACCGGAAUGCAGAUUAACCACGCCAUCGAGGUGGCCAACAUCUUGCGACACAACCUGGUGCAAGGCGCCCGGGAGGACGGCGACGAGUCCGCCAAGUGGCAACUCCGGAUCCACGAUGAGAUCGAGCGUGGCGACAAUGAUUCAAUCAAAGUCGGCGAUCAGAAUGUCAAGAUCCACAAAGCCUGCUCUUCCUGAUCCGAGCCAUCCCAAUCCUUGACCACCUUGCAUAUAUGUCCCAGCGAUGGGUGACAUCCACCUACAACGUCCUCCGACGGGUUGCGGAUGGACGGAAAAGCAAAAAUUACCAGCUGGGGUGGGACUGAACCAUGUAUUAUAAU